CCACAGACUUCUAUACCAUGAUAGAAAUAAUUAUUUCCAUCAUGUUCUACUAUUAGAUAGAAAUCUGUGUGUAACACCCACGACUGGCCAUUUCUAUCACAGAAAAUAAUUUAUAUUAUGAUCUGUGGCCUGUGUUUCUAUGUUCUAUGCGGGUAUGCUCUAAUGCCGGAAUAUUGACACUUGCCUGUUGCCAGUAAUCAGUAUGCCAAUUGCCAAUUGCCCAUGAUAAUGCUCUAUGGUAAUCACUAUAAUCGUUCACUUCGCACUAAUUCAAACGUUCGAUUUAGUAGUUUAGUACUCGCUCGGUUCACAAUCAUGCACAGUAGUCACCAUGCGAAGGUGAAAUUCAUGACUUAUUGACUUAAAUUCAAUAUAUUAUUAAACAUCAAUUCAAAAUCAGUAGCCGUUUUUCGGCGUACUAUAUUGAAACAUAAUGACUUAUUAAUUACGAAACUGUAAUCUGUAUUUUCAUCUUAACUUGUGUUAUAUUCUAUUUUAUUAAUAUCAUUAUAAUGGCUAUGGAAAAAAUGGAGCGUCUAAUUUAUAGCUAUCUAUUGUAUUGAAUGAAUAAAACACGAUUAAUCAACUUAUUAUUUAAAAAGUCAUGGAUUCUAAAUAUAACUCAAAUAAUAAACUAUUGAUCGAUGACCCUCAGUUUCGAAUAAAACCAGUGCAGCAAAUGGCUGCUGCCUGUACAGGAGCCUUAAUUACUUCAUUUUUUGUUACUCCAUUGGAUGUUAUAAAAGUUCGCAUGCAAGCACAAUCUAGAAUAACAAAUAAACAUACAUGUUUUUUUUAUUCCAAUGGAUUAAUGGACCAUAUUUGUCCAUGUAAUACAUUAAAAAAAAAUACCUCUGAUAGUCCUUAUUACAGAAAUAUCCAAUGGUACAACAGGCCCAGCCAAUUUAAUGGAACUCUUGAUGCUUUUAAACAAAUAAGCAAAAAUGAAGGAAUUUGGUCAUUAUGGAGUGGGUUGAGUCCAACAUUGAUACUUGCAGUACCUGCCACAAUUGUUUAUUUUGUAUCAUAUGAACAAAUACGAUGUUAUCUUCAUGAUUUAACAAAACCAUUUUAUGCUAACAAUAAUCAAAAUCAACCAUUGUGGAUUUCUGGUAUAUCAGGAUGUGUUGCCCGUUUUGGAGCUGCUACAUCAGUUAGUCCAUUAGAACUCAUCCGUACCAAAAUGCAAUCAAAAAAACUUAGUUAUUUAGAAGUACAUCAAGCAUUACAAAGUUUACUAGAGUAUCAUGGUUAUAAAGGUCUAUGGAAAGGUCUAGGUUCUACUCUACUUAGAGAUGUUCCUUUUUCUGGUUUAUAUUGGGUUACAUAUGAACAUAUUAAACAAAUAUCAGGCCAACCAACAUCAUUUAUGUACAACUUUUUAGCAGGGAGCAUAGCUGGAGCGUUGGCUGCAGCAUUAACAACACCAUUUGAUGUUGUCAAAACCAUUCGUCAAAUUGAAUUAACUGAAAAAGAAAUUAUUACAGUAGUUAUUUCAGAACCUCCUAGAAAAGCUUCCAAGUGGACAGUUAAAGCAGUUAUUGACAUAUAUCAAACAAAUGGAACUCGUGCAAUUUUUAGAGGAUUAGUUCCACGGAUAAUCAAAGUAGCACCUGCAUGUGCCAUAAUGGUAUCUACAUUUGAAUAUGGAAAAACAUUUUUUCAAAAUAGAAAUAUGCAAAUAUAUUAUAAAAAUAAUGAGGAAAUUCUUUAAUAAAAAAAAAUUAUUUGUAAAAUUGUUCAU